UGUGUGAAUGUCAGUGUGUUAGCCAUCGCUGCGACCUCCUGCGCUGAGCUACAGGGACUGCUACUCCCAUUAACCCUGUGCAUCGCCUGUACCGAGCCGCAGUGAUCUAUGCCGCAGCAGAUGUUCUUCCGUUUUGGGGUGGUCAUCACCUUGACCCAUACAGACACAGAGCUCAUGGUUCUUGGAUCACGUAAAGAGAUGGGAGCCUGGGACCCACACGCUGCUGUACCAAUGAAACCUACACGGUGCCCCCUAUCCACUACAGAACCAUCACUAUGGAUUGGUGAAGUGCUUCUGGAAGAACCCUACAAUGACCGAUUCUGGUUCAAAUUCAUUAAGAAAGAGGCUGGAAACAUCAUUUGGGAAGGUGCCGGUCCUCACCAUGAUCGAUGUUCAGAAUAUAAUGAAAGCGACAUAGUGGAUGGAGUUUAUUGCCAUGAAAUAGGGCACUGGAUUGAAACUACUGGUCAUACUGAUGAGAUGAAGCACACUACUAACUUUUAUUUUCAGUUUGCGGAUAAACAAGGAAUGCACUUCUCCAGAAUCUUACCAAAUAUUUGGCUUGGAAGUUGUCCACGACAGUUAGAGCAUGUGACUAUAAAAAUGAAGCAUGAAUUGGGAAUAACGGCUGUACUGAACUUCCAAACCGAAUGGGAUAUUGUCCAUAAUUCCCGGGGAUGCAAUCCAUAUCCUGAUAAUAUGAGCCAAGAAACCAUGAUCAGGAUGUACAAAGAAGCAGGCCUGAAGUAUGUAUGGAUACCUACUGCAGAUAUGAGCACAGAAGCCAGAAUACAGAUGAUACCGCAAGCUGUAUACCUGCUGUUUGGACUAUUAGAAAAUGGGCACACAGUCUACGUACAUUGCAAUGCUGGCGUUGGCAGGUCUACCGCAGCAGUGUGUGGUUUUCUCAUGUAUGUUAUUGGUUGGAGUCUGCGCAAGGCACAAUAUUUUCUUGCUUCAAGAAGACCUGCUGUCUACAUAGACAAAGUAGCUAUGAUAGCAGCAGCAGAAGACUUUCAUCAGAAGUUUGGUCAUGUUCGUUCCAGUGUGUGCAGAAUAUGAGCCACUGAUUUAUUAACUUUGCAAUAUAUUUAUUUAAUUAAAACCCAAAAAAUAUUGGUAGCUCCAAUGACAAAUGGACACUCACAGGUAAGAGGAAGUUGUCAGACUAUUGUUGAUCAUUCAAGGAAUAAAAAUAAUUAUUAAAAAAAAUAGUCACAAAAUAUGCACAGGUCUGCUGCUGUCCAAAAUGUCAGGUCCUAACCUAAUGGUUACUAUCAUGAGUUAUAUCCAAUGUAUUCUUGCUCAGGAACUUUUGGCAAAUCAAGGUUUGAAAUAAAACAUCUGUAAAAGUCGAGGGUGCUAUACAUUUCAAGUUGUUCAAUGAUGGUAAAGUUCCAUCAGAGCAAUAUAGCCUUUAAAAUUCUAUGUAAAACAGACAUAUAUCAUGAUCUGGAAUCAAUGGAUCUUAUCAACAGAAUCAGACCAUUUCCAGGCUCUCCUAAAAUAACUGAGGCAAAAAGGGAAUGCGUGAGGGAACCCUGUUGGACAGUGAUGGCUAACCUUGAAAAAAAUUAUGGUGUCACGGUUAGCCAUCACUGCUGUGGGCUUGUGUCUGUGGCCAUGGAGUCAGAGGCAUGUGCCCCUCACAUAACUCGCUCCUGCGAACUCUGGCGAUCCCUCUCCCCCACUCCCUCCCUCAUUCUCUCUCCCUCCCCCUUUCUCUCUCCCCUCCAAUAUGUAUGGAGGAGGUCUGCAGCUUUUUAUUUCUACUUUUUGAUAUAGAACCAAACACCGAAUGCACCAUUUAUCUGCUUUGACCUUUACAGAUCUUUUGCGGUUCGUCAUAAUGCAAAGCACAAUUUCAGGUGUGAGCUAUCUGAGCUCUAUAAUACCAUAUUGUUAUGGACCGCUUCAUUGUAGUCUAAAUUGCUAGA